CGCAGGCGGACGCAAUGAGCCCAACACCCACCGGAACCGCCGGUGCGUCCAGGCGCGGAUGAAGUUGGGAUAUUCGUUUCAUCUUCUUCUAUCUGGACGGAUAAACACCAUCCAGGAUCCAGAGGUCGAUUCUUCCUUCACUCGGACACGCGCGGACUGACCCAGAAGGUCCGAUUCGGGCUGGUGCCGCCGAUGUUCGGCUGUUGCUGCUGCUGACUCCGUCCCGCGGUACCGAGCCGGCGUCAUGGUGCACUGUGCGGGCUGCGAGAGGCCCAUCCUGGACCGCUUUCUGCUCAACGUGCUGGACCGAGCCUGGCACGUCAAGUGCGUGCAGUGCGCGGACUGCAAGUGCAACUUGACGGAGAAGUGCUUUUCCAGGGACGGGAGACUUUACUGCAAGAACGAUUUCUUCAGGAGGUUCGGCACCAAGUGUGGCGGCUGCUCGCAGGGCAUCUGCCCCAGCGACCUGGUGAGGAGGGCGCGCAGCAAGGUCUUCCACCUCAACUGCUUCACCUGCAUGAUGUGCAACAAGCAGCUCUCCACCGGCGAGGAGCUCUACAUCAUCGACGAGAACAAGUUUGUGUGCAAGGACGACUACGUCACCAACGCCAGCGUGAAGGACGCCAGCCUGCUCUCGGUUACGGCGUGCAGUGACCCCAGUUUAUCCCCGGACUCCCAAGACCCCCUGCAGGACGACGUGGUCCUGAAGGACACGGAGAUGGCCGCCCUCUCGGAUAAGGAAACUGUAAAUAACGAAAACGACGACCAGAACCUGGGCGGCAAGCGGCGCGGCCCGCGGACGACCAUCAAGGCCAAGCAGCUGGAGACGCUGAAGGCGGCGUUUGCCGCGACCCCCAAACCCACCAGGCACAUCAGGGAGCAACUGGCCCAGGAGACCGGCCUCAACAUGAGAGUCAUCCAGGUGUGGUUCCAGAACCGUCGUUCCAAAGAGAGACGCAUGAAGCAGUUGAGUGCUCUGGGGGCCCGAAGGCAUGCCUUCUUCAGGAGCCCCAGGCGGAUGAGGACCCUGGUGGACCGCUUGGAACCAGGAGAGCUUAUCCCAAAUGGACCUUUCUCUUACUACGGAGAUUAUCAAAGCGAGUAUUAUGGUCCAGGAGGGAACUAUGACUUCUUUCCUCAGGGCCCACCUUCGUCGCAAGCCCAGACCCCAGUUGAUCUGCCCUUUGUGCCCUCUUCAGGCCCCACGGGCACACCCCUGGGAGGUAUGGACCACCCCCUUCCGGGCCACCAUCCAUCCAGCGAAGUGCAGCGCUUUUCCGAUAUCAUGUCCCACCACCCCGGGGACUCUCCGAGCCCCGAGCCCGGCAUGCCGGGGACCCUGCACAGUAUGCCCUCCGAGGUGUUUGGGCCCAGCCCGCCCUUCACCUCGCUGUCUCUGAACGCCAACGGGUACAGCAACCACUUGUCACACCCGCCCACGGAAAUGAACGAAGCCACUGUGUGGUAGCUCUUUGCCAGGCCGGACGCUAACUGGGGUCUCGCGCGGCGGGCUGGAUUCAAACAUGGAUACCAACAGGGUUUGGUCGAUACCACAGGAGUAUUUUUUGUAUCAUUUCUUAUUUAUUAUUUAUUGGUACGAACCAGAUUGGACACGACAGCCUUCAUCUCCCUGACAUUGUCGCUUUUCUUCUCGUCAUUUCCUGUUCCACGCUUCCUUUCUUCCCGAGAUGACGUAUUUGUCUGCGGUGGGCGGGGCUACGAGGCGAACCGCUCAGUAAUUAGUGUGGCUAUUUUAGCACUGGAAGAGGCCGGAUCGUUCCUUCUCAGGACAUGGGAGGCGCAGGUUAGGACGGCUUUGCGGGAAACAACGCUCAAAGUGUGACAACAUCCAUAAAAUACCGACAUUUUAACCAAAGGAAAUAGCAAAAUAGAAGAGCUUACUGAAGAAUAGUUCAGGGUAAAUCAGAAAAACAAUAAACGAGAAAGAGUGGAUCCUUUCAAAGAACCGUUCAAAAGACCGGAUCCUUGAUCUGGUUCUUCUAAGAAUUUGUUCACGUGUUUAUAUAAUAACGGGAAACAGUUAUAAGAAAAGAUUCGGAUUUAAAGAAUUCAAGUUUUUGGAUUCUAUUUGUGGGAAAUAUUGAUUCUAAUUUAUUCUGGGUUCUUUUGAUUGCAAACACUCCACAAUGUGCUACCUUAUCCCCGUUCUUGGACACUGAGAUUAUUAUUUAGAGUUUUCUUUCCCCUCAGAAAUGUUGUGGAACAAUUUAAACUACACAGGCUACAAAUAACCUAAACCUAAAACAUAAAUACAUAAAACUAAAGAGGAAAUGAGCACAACAUAGUGUGUAAAUGUGAAUGCAACAUUGUACGAUGUGCACACCUAAACUUGUCUGGUUACGUUUACACUGCAGGGUUUAAGGACAAAUUCCAAUUUUGGGGUAAAUCGAUGUUUUAUUGUAGUUGUUCACUUUAGCAAAAACAUGUGACUUCAAUGUGAACUGAGGCUCAUGCGCAGGAAACGUGACCUUGUACCAAAUAAACGUGGCGUAAGCUACUAAACGCAGCAGAAAAGUACUUCCAAAUGUUGCUUCAUUUCCUUUGACUCCGGCUCACUUUGUAUUUCAUUUCAGUCGGCAAGACGCCGGUCCAGUCAGGUGGCUUCAAGCGGCUCCUUAACGAAUGGCCGGCGACUGCUAAUCGGUUGUCGUCAGUCGCUUAAAAGAGCCAUUCAAAAAACUUGACUCGCUUGCGAGAAUUGCGAGUGGAAACAGGAAAUCGCAACCAUGAAUUGAUUAGAUUAAAAGUUGAAAAAUGUAUUGGGGUGUUACCAUUUAGUGGUCAAUUGUGCGGAAUAUGUACUGUACUGUGCAAUCUACUAGUAAAAGUUUCAAUCAAUCAAUCAACAAUAAAACGAGAAUUGCGAGUGGAAACAGGAAAUCACAACAAUAAAACAAGAAUUGCGAGCGGAAACAGGAAAUCACAACAAUAAAACAAGAUUUGCGAGCGGAAACAGGAAAUGAUAACGGUAUGGCGAUGGUGUCAUGCUAGGGACUGGGCUUAGUGACCAAACACGGAAAAAGACGUUUCCACGUCCCAUAAAUGUUCGGACCAUGAACGACAUCCUUAGCUUCUGUCAAAGACUUGAAUAGCUUUACGCACAGACUCUGUAUUUUAUUGUAUUUAUUCCCUACGCCUCGGACUCUGUAGGUCUGCCAUAUUGACUGUCCUACCGUCCCUUUGUCCCUGGUCUUCUUUUGCUGUCAAAACGUCCACCAAGUCCUUGGAACGCCGCCUUGAAAAGGCCAAGACCCGAGCCCUCAACGGAUUGCCAACCCUUUAUUUCAACUUGAAGUCCAGCUUCUAAAAACACCUGGACUUGGAACAGUCGAGUGUUUACGUGGUCUACAUGAACCAUUCAGGAGUCCAGAGGACUGUGUUUUAGAACGCCGUCCACGUAAAAAAAAAAAAAAACCUUGCGAGCAACCAACCAAACUUUUGUAUUGAUUUCCUUUGUUUUGUACGAAGAAACGACACUCGCCGGGGUUUUGCUUCACUGUGCUAGUUUGUACGAAAUGUUGUUUACAAAAGAAAACAUGCAUCCAGCGGAGUAGUUGCCAAAUAAAAGAAUAGCACAAAUAUUAUCCAAGGAUCCAGGAAUUGUUAAAAGUCCUCAUUAGCGUGUCUUUAAGGAGUAAACUAUUAAUUUGCAUAUCAAAGCUGCUACUUCUCAUCCAAUGAAAGACUUCUUGUAGUCGCACUAAAACAUUACAAAUAUUCAUCUUCCUGGAUAUACUUUCAGUUUCACAUUUACCUUGGCAAGGGUCAGCUGACCACCAGCCUUCAGGUGUUGGUCAUUCCGCCCAACCAGUGCCAUUGACCUGGGAUCCUUUUAAUCCCCCUCAGUCAGCUUGAUUUAUGUACAAAGUUGCUCAAAUGCAGAUGGAUCAUUCUGCUAACAGGAGUGAGGAAGUUAAAAUACACCAAAUAUGAAUUACAGCGACACAGCAUUUAUGCUAAUAUUUGAAAUAAACAACAUUAAUGUUGGCAAUAUUACAUUUGAUGGAAUAAACAUAAACAUAAAUGAAUAUACUUCAUUGUUCUUCAGGAAGCAAACUUCCUGUGCACCAUGUGACUUGUGGAAUACAAUAAUAAAUAACAAGAUUAUAUUCCACAUUAUGUACAUUUAAACUUCAUUAUUUGUUGUUGUUUUUUGAAGAACAUAAACAUAACGUUUGUUUUUAAUGGAAAAAAUGCAACAUUUCUCAACA